CACGUGUAUCCCGGAAGGGACGGGACCGCGCCGUGUUGCGGCUGUGACAGCGACGCUGCGGGCCUUGGCGUGCGGAAUUCUGCGUUAGGACGUCACGAUGCCUAAAGUACUUAAAGGAAAAAGUACAGGACGGGAAAAAAAGGUCAUCCAUCCCUACAGUAGAAAAGCAGCUCAGAUUACCAGGGAAGCCCACAAACAAGACAAAAAGGAAAAAAUGAAGAAUGAAAAGGCCUUGCGGCUCAACCUUAUUGGUGAAAAACUACAGUGGUUCCACAAUCAUCUGGAUCCUCAAAAAGCAAGAUAUUCAAAAAAAGAUGCUUGUGAAUUAAUUGAAAGGUAUUUAAGUCGAUUCAGCGGUGAGCUGGAGCAGAUCGAGUUACAUAACAGCAUCAAGGACCGGCAGGGCAGGCGGCACUCCUCUCGCGAGACAGUCAUCAAGCAGACCGUGGAGCGAGAGCGGCAGCAGUAUGAAGGUUACGGCUUUGAGAUUCCAGACAUUUUAAAUGGAAGUAAUCUUAAAACCUUCAGGGAAUGGGAUUUUGACCUGAAGAAAUUGCCAAACAUUAAAAUGACAAAAGUUUGUGCUGAUGAUGCAGUUCCAAAGAAACGCAAGAAGAAAACUAAUGUACCUAUAGACAUAGAUUUAGGGGAAUUGGAACUGGCAGGUCAACCAAGUGACUCAGAUGAAGAAAUGACACCAGUGCAUUUUUCUCUUUCCUUGAGUUGAAAAUAAAUAAUUUGACAACUUUUAAUUUGUA